GAGGCUGUAGCAAGGAUGUGUUUUGAGCAGUGUUGUCUUACUGACCGUGCCUGUGCUGUGGUUGUGUGCCCCAGGGUGAACAGCAGCCUGUCCAGUGAUGAGCUUCUCCUGGAAGACUUGGAGACAGAAGGAGAGAGGCAGCUGAAAAGCCUCCUUCACCACCAACUUGACACCUCUGUCUCCAUCGAGCAGUGCAAGUCAAAGCGGAGAUGCUUUGCCCCUGCAGCUUUUUACAAACCUUUUGGGGAAGAGGCUGCGGGGGCUUUGACCCUGUCGCAGUUCCAGGCCCUGCAGGAGAGUGACAAAGAAACCUCCUCUCUCCGGGAACUGGGGCUCUCCGACUCGGAGAUUCUGCUCUGGAAGAACCAGGCUUCAGCAAGGAAGGGCUGUGGGCUGGGGGCAGCCCCGGAGGCCACGCAGGAGCGGCUCCAUGCCAUCCAGGAGAAGCUGCAGGAGCGGCAGCGCAUCCUGGCGCUGCCGCAGAGGUUUGCAGGCAGCAAGCAGCUGAGCCGGCGGGAGAUGGAGAUCGAGAACGCCCUUUUCCAGGGAACAGACCGACACUCCUUCCUCCGGGCCCUCUACCACGAAGAUGACACUCAGAAGAGGGCAACAGAUGAAAAGGACCCCAUGGUUCAUCUGGAGAGUGUUUACCAAGAGCUGCUGAGCAAGAAGUGCCCAGAAAAAGUCCAGUCUGCUACAAGUGACCCCUGCUUGUCCCCUUCCCCAACCCUGCAGAGGGCUAUAACUGAGGAGUCAUCACUUCCAGACCAGGAGGAGCAAGCAGAACAGGCAGCAAGUCCCAGUGUUUCUGCAACAAAGCCCCACCAGUCCUCUCCAAGGCCUGUGGUUAUUAAAGAGCCAGUCAAGUUUGUCCCAGAAGAGGAGAUCCUCAAGAACCGCCUCUCAGAGGAAGAACUCCGGAACAUACCCAGGUUCUCAUCCUACCAUCCAGGAGAGCCCAGCAAGGUGCUGUAUUUGAAGAACUUGGCUCCCCGAGUGACAGUGAAGGACCUGGUGGCCUUGUUUGCUCGGUUCCAGAAAGAGGACAGCCCACUGAUCCAGUUCCGCCUCCUGAGCGGCCGGAUGAGGGAUCAGGCCUUCAUCACCUUCCCUGACACGGAGUCAGCCCAGAGCGCCCUGCAGCUGCUGAACGGCUACAAGCUGCAGGGGAAGCCGCUGGUGAUUGCUUUUGGGAAAAGCAGGAAGCAUUUGGUGGAGGCUGACUCUGCCAUCCCCAGCUCCUCUGCUGCAGAGAACGCUCCUGCCACCUGAGGGAUGGAGAACCAGCAGCCUUGUGGAUGUCAGUGAGCUGCAGGAAAUCUGUGGUUGAACGUGGGACAGUGAAGGACAGGUGGGAGCCAAUGUGCAGGUCCAGUAAUCUCAGAGUGGGGAAGAGAGAGCAGGGGCCUGGGCUCUUCUUGAGAGACAGGCAGUGCCUGUACACUGUUGUGGCAAGGAGGGAGGGAAGAGGCCAGGUAAAUAAAUGCACUUAUUGUGG